CUUCAAAAUCAAUCAAAUCAAACAACUCAUCACGCAACCAACAAGCUAGUUCGGUAGCCAGGUGAGCAGCAGUAGAACAAGAAAUAAUCCGUUACCUAUACGUUGUCAUUUAAUUAAAUCAAACACCGUUCUUGCAUUUUCGUGUACGUGAUCUUUGCAUAAAUACUUUAACCAUAACCAAUAUGGAUAUACAAGUGAGGCGGCAACGAUCGGUGAAGACAGAAAAUCAAGAAAAUGUGUACAUCAAGGGUGGUAUGGCUUUGCCGGCAAAGAGGCAAGGCCUUACUAUGCGUGGGGCGCUGGGUGAUCUAAACAGUAACGUCCAGGCUCAACGAGAAAAUUUUGUUGGUAAAGUGGCCGUAGCGACAGCAGAGUUUGAAAAAAAAGCAACACUAAACCGUGGCCUUGUUCGUAGCAACUAUAGCCAUGUGCAGUCUAAGGUGGACACUGGCUUGGCAUGCAGGACAAAUAUACAGCCAACAUCAAGGCCACCGCUGCGCAGAGAGGAAAGCACAGCAGGUCUUGCUGCACGGGCUGUGGCUCGCUCUCGGGCUGUGCUUAAGGACACUACGAACAGACAAAAUGAGACAAAAGAAUCCAUAAACAUAAUCAUACAAGCUAAGAAGACCACUCAAGAGAAGAAAAACGGUAAGCUGACAACAUUGAAAGAAAUAAGAAAAGAUCACAUUGAUGUGAAGCCUAUUCUAAAAGAUCCAACUGAGUCAUUAGGAAAACUACAAUUGGGUGACACCACAACUUAUUCUGAAAAGAGUACUUGUAUAAUCAACCACACUAAAUUAGAGGAAGCAUCGAAGCUGAUAUUGACACCAAAGCUGCCAGAUGACAUUGAAGAUAUUGAUGCUGGUGACAACCAAAGCCCACUGUUGAUGUCCACAUAUAUCAAAGAUAUUUACAAUUAUUUGACUGAACUUGAAAUAAAGUACCCAAUCGAGCAAGACCAUUUGAAAAAUCAGACUGUUAUCACUGGGAAGAUGAGAGCCACAUUGAUAGACUGGUUGGUGGAAGUGCAGAGGCAGUUUUCCCUGGUUUUGGAGACAUUUCAUCUAACUAUUGGAAUUCUUGACAGAUAUUUACAGGCGGUGCCAAAUAUUCAACGGAACCAGCUGCAACUGGUCGGAGUGACGGCGAUGUUCAUAGCCAGCAAGUACGAGGAGAUCUAUGCGCCAGAUGUUGCCGACUUCGUCUACGUGACCGAUAACGCCUACAGCAAGUCUGAUGUAUUCCGUUGCGAAAGGGAGAUCAUGUCCAAACUCGGAUUCUGCUUAGCCAGGCCAAUACCUCUUAGUUUUUUGAGAAGGUUUGUAAAAGCGGCUCACGGAACGUCGAAGAACCAUCAUCUGGCUAAAUAUUUCGUCGACCUCUGCCUUGUGGAGUACUCGAUGGCGCACUACCGACCCUCAGAACUAGCAGCAGCAGCCAUCUGCCUCUCUCUCUUUUUGCUGUCCAGCAAAACGCUCGAAGAGGUAUGGACGUCCACCGUAUCCUAUUACUCCGGGUACACGCUCGAACACAUCUUUCCUAUAAUAAGAAAAUUAGCUAAAAUAGUAAUUAAUGUCGAAACUUCUAAAUAUAAGGCCGUGUAUAACAAAUAUUUAGAUGCAACAUUAGCUAAAGUAUCCAGCCUUCCGCAGCUAAAAGGUGAAGCGAUUAAUGAAUUGGCCAAAUCUCAAUCAUAAGGUUGGACUUUUGGUAUUAUAGUGACUUGAAAUUUUUACGCUUGACACAAAAAGCAUUGUAUGUGCAUUUAUUGUAUCCAAUGUUGGAUUAGCGAUGGACUGAGCCUUUGUAUUAGAAAUUGUAAUUAGGGACCUGUUUGUUUUAGUAGUUUUAAUUUUUAGAUGUAAUUUUAUGUAUGACGGUGAGAUGUUCGUUAGAAUUAUUAAACUGUACCUAUUGUUGAUAAUCCCAGUAAUGACUAUAAUACAUUUAUAUUUAUUAAUAUAUUUUAUUCUUUAUAUAUUAAUUUAUAUACUUAUCAAUUAUUGCAUUUAAACUUUGCAUUGUGAUUGUGAAAUAUUGUUGAUGUCUCAGAAAUCUCCAGUUUUCAAUGUUAAUUUGAAAAUGUGUAAAUUACAUAUUUUUAAUGACAAAAACAUAUAUGUGUACUCGUAAGUUCGAUCUAAGAUGUAUGACUUGUUUAUAACUAAACACUAUUUCUAUCUCAUAACGUAACAAUAUGGGUCCAGUUUUUGCCAAUGAAUGUUUGUAGAGAGAGGGAAUAAAAUUGUAUCUAGUAUGUAGUGAACAAUGUUCUUUUUGUAAGUUUUACAAGUUUGUGAUUAUAAAAUGUAAUUUUUGAUAAGACAUAAUAUAAGUGAUUUUGUUAAAUAAAGAUAAAUCUGUUUUA